AUGAAGAAAUCACCAUCGUUAGAGAAAGAAGACAACCAGAUGCAGAUCGAAAACGUCGACCGGAUCAGCAAACUUCCGGACGAUAUGUUGCUCAAAAUACUAAAGAGCUUGUCAACAGAGAAAGCGGUUCAGACAAGUUUGUUGUCCAAACGGUGGGAAGGUGUUUGGAAGCAAAUGCCUUAUCUCUUCUUCGAUAUGAAAAAUGCUCUCAAGGUGGAGUUGCCUCUAGCCGAACAAUCUCAUUUCAUUGCCCAAUUGAUAACCAAGAUUAUAAAUAAUCACAAUGGCAAUCUGGAGCGCUGCAAAAUCCUGCAUAUGACACCCCAAACUGAAGAUGUUGAUGUGCUCAACACGGUCAUUGCAUCGUGCCCCUCCCUCAAGAUGCUGGUACUAGAAAUCUUCCAGAGCAGCCGAAGUGGCUGUCUGAAGAUUCAUAACGACAACUUAAAGUUUGUGCAUCUAACUUGCCCUGAAAUUGAUAACAUUGAAGUGUCUGCAGCUCUUCUGGACAUAUUCUCUGUUCACGGUAUUGAACUUGAGAGCGGGAAUAAUAUCGUUCUUGACGCCCCAAGAUUACUUCAGUUUGGUCGAAGAUUGUGGAAGAUACUUCAAAGUUUGCCUCACAUAAUCUACAAUAUCUCAUGCGACACUCAGGGGAAUGAAAAGAUUGGGCAUGAAUUCGUGAUGAACAUAGAAAAUUACUCCAUGGUUGUGUUUGCAAUUUUGGCGGUGAAUGUGGAUAUGAUGAAUCCAAAAGAAGUUUACAUGCUAAAGCAAGUUUUAGAUGCAUGGGCUAGAGACUUGCAAGUACUCAAUAUCUUCUUUAAGGAUAACGAUAUUCACAAGAAAGAAGGUGAAUCUUCUAUUGACGGAAUACAAAAUAAGUGGCAGAAUUGCUUUCUCAGUGUUGAUUUCCGUGUGAGAAGUGUGUGUUUGCAUAACUUCAAUGGUUUGGAUGAGGAUCAAUUUGCUUUAGCUGCAAGUUUUGUGAUACAAGGGAAGAUGAUGCAAAGUUUGAUGAUAGAGACGUUUUCGCUUCCAGCAAACAAAAAGUUGGCAGUAGAUAUUGCAGUGGAAAAAUUGAUGAAACUUCCAAAAGGUAACAAGAACCUUAAUAUUCAAUACAUUUGA